AGAGUCUCCCCAUAAUGAGGUGGUGGCCACACUUUCUCGGCAACAAGGUUACCUUUUUCACUCGACUGGUGUAUUUGGCACCACCCUAGGGAGCGGAACCUUCCCCGUGCAGGGGCAUGGGCGGUGCUAGACGUGCAGCUGCUGUGGCAGGACGGGCAGUGACCCCUGAAGAACAGCGGAAUCGUCUCUGCCACGGUAUAUAGAGCGGGAGCAGCGGGCCGGGAGGCCGGCCACGGCAGCAGCGAGACAGGCGAUGGGCUGCCCCUGCACAGCCCUCGCCUUCCCGCUGCGCUCUGCCCUGCGCUGAGCCAGACCAGCUGCACCUGCACGGCCUGACUGCACCAUCCCGAGAUGGGACAGGAGAAUUCCCAACUCCAGCCUGGAGACCUGAUCGAGGUCGACCGGCCAUUUCAUCAGCACUGGGCCUUGUACAUUGGGGGUGGAUAUGUCAUCAAUUUGACACCUGUAGGUAGAAAAGAUGUACAGCUGGGAGUGCAUACGGUUGCAGCAUUCAUCAGAAAGGUGAAGAAGCAGCGCCUGAAGGUGGUGGUGCGAAAUAAUAAAUGGCGUGUCAACAACAAGUAUGACGACUCCUACUCUCCUCUCCCAGUGGAGGAGAUCAUCCGGCGUGCUGAGAUAUGUAAUGACAGGGUGUUGAACUAUCGCGGGUUUGGUAGCAACUGUGAGAACUUUGUGAAAAAACUUCGCUAUGGUGACCCGCUGAGGGCUUCUGUAGGUAGUGAAUUGCAAAAUCUUGAUAUGACAGAAAACAAGGACUGCCCCAAACCUGGGGACCUGAUUGAGAUCCAAAGGGGACCUUACAAGCAAUGGGCCCUCUACGUGGGGGAUGGAUAUGUCAUCCAUGUGACACCUCUAGAUGAAAAUGGUCCACCCCUGUCAGCCAACAGUAAGUCAACAUUCAUCAGAAAGGCCAGGGUUACAAAGGAGCUCCUGAAGGUGGGCGUAAAUGAUGACUGAGCUGUCAACAACAAGUAUGACUGUGACCGCACUCCUCUGCCUGUUGAG